AUGCCCACACUUCUCAACCAUGCAUCAGGCAGCGCCAAUCCAGCCACUUCGCAGUCCGCGCUCUGGGCAUACCUUCAGCCUGCGCUAGAUCAUAUUGUUAAAUCUCCUUCAAACGAUCCGAACGGUAAAGCGCCAGCCAUAGAUUUCGGACUUUACGCUGGGAUACAUUCGGCCUGCUACAACUAUUUUACUGCACAGAGUGAAGCAAAUGCUGCCAACCCAUCUGACGACGACGAUAGUCAACCUGCCAGUGGGACGGACAUCUACGUUCAACUGGACAAGUAUUUUGAAGAAGCUGCACGCGAAUUAUCUCUCGGCGCUCCUCUGGACGAUAUCACCCUGAUCCAAUACAUAGUGCCCGCCUUCAACCGCUACCACGCAGGGGCGCAGUCCGCGAACCGACUGCUGAGUUACGUCAAUCGGCACUACGUCAAGCGCGCGGUGGACGAGGACCGCGGAUGGCUCCGCCUCUCUGACGUGCUCGAGUCCGUCGCGAAAACGCUCACGAACGACGAUUCGCGCGAGAUCAUCACACGCAAGCUGCGGGAGCGGCGGGCGGACGAGCUGCGCAAGUGGGGGUACCGUGAUGGGGAUUCGAGUGAGCGGGUCGCAUUUGCGGAGGCGUGUGCAGAGGCCGCGAGUCCGCUUGACCGUGUCGUUCCUGUUGCUUCGCUCGCCCUGCGCCGUUUCAGAACGGAGUUUAUGGAGCCUUUGCUUGCGACUCCGAAAAAUAAAGGAAAGUCGAAAGCCAAGAAUAAAGUAUCAAAACCUUCAGGGCCAAAUCCUACCCGUCCGAAAGGACGCUUGGCUCGCGCGGUAAAGGAGCUGCUCGAGACGGACGCUGUAGAUGAAGAGGAGAGAUAUCAUCUAGCGUCAAGUCUUGCGAGGGCUCUUCAGAUUAUUGGUGUGAAAGAAGAAAAUCUGCUACGCAAAAAACUAGACAAAUACGUCUUUUCUUUCAAACUGUAUACUACAAAUUGA